AUGCUCAAGCGCGGCUCCGCCAUCGCAAAGCGCCAGGGCUACUACCCCACCACGGGCUACUGCGACAUGCCCGGUGAUACAUGCCAGGAAGCGUGCGGAGCAGAGUACGUCGAGUGCCCGACCGACGGCUCGUUUACGAGUUGCCAUUCUACUACCGAUGGCACGCAUUGUUGUACUGAUGGGACUGGAAAUGCAUGCGGCGCAGGCGACUACUGCACCCACGACGCCAGCGGCUCAACCUACUGCUGCCCCCAGAACCUCAACGCAGAGGAGUGUGCCAAAGAACUCGGCCUCGAUGUCCCGCUUAUCCCUGAUUCGGCGGAGACGUCGACGCCGAUUGCGGUGCCGACGGGCGUGUCGGACUCGGUUGCUGUGCCGUCGCCUUCGCCUACGGAGGUAGAGGAGGAGGAAGAAGAAGAGACAUCUUCGGGCGCAGUGGUGUCGCCUUCGUCUACGCCUGCGGAACCGUCACCGUCCCCGUCGUCGGCGAGAGCGAGUUCUUCGACGAGGACGGCUGCUUCGCAGAGUGUGGCGCUUCCUUCGGUUACGUCGUCGUCGGCUAGACUGCCCAAUGCUACAAGCACUGGUCCUGGACUACCUCAGUUUACCGGUGGUGCGGCAAAGAUUGCUGGGUCUGGGGCUGUGAUGUUUGCGGCUGUUGCUGGGCUUGUUGUCUUGUAA